CGCGCCGGCGGCGCCGGGGCGCACCCGGAAGCGGCGCCGGGCCUGGGGGGUCCCAGGGGGUCCCGGGGACCUCUGGGGAUCCCCUGGGAGGCCCCGGGGCCGCCAUGGCGGGGGCGGCGGCGCUGCAGGUGCUCCGCCAGGGCGUUUGGGCCUCGCUGACCGGCGGCUGCUUCCUGGACCCGCAGCUCGGCGCCUUCGCCAACUGCGUCCGGCUCUACGUGUGGCUGUUCCUGCUCGGGCUGCCCCUUGGGCUCUAUUCGGCGCUGCCGCCCACCCCCGCCGUGGCCGCUCUGUACUGCGGAGUCGUGGCCGCGUUCUUCGGGGCCGUCAAGGCCGUGACGUUCCGGCUCCACGCACAGCUCGACCGGGGGGGCUUCCAGGGGGACCCCGAGGGG